UCGAAACCUCGCGCGUUCUUUCUGCGCCUGCGCCGUUUGCUCUUCGCCUUGGGGGUGCUGGAGGAGUUUGAAAUGGCUUCUCCGAGUCCGUCUUCGGCUCUUUUCAGAAACUAAACUGGCAAAAGAAUUUUACCUCUCAUAAUGGCACAAUUUGGAGGGCAGAAGAAUCCCCCAUGGGCAACUCAGUUUACAGCUACAGCAGUUUCUCAGCCAGCUGCUUUGGGUGUACAACAGCCUUCAUUACUCGGAGCAUCUCCUACAAUAUAUACCCAGCAAACUGCAUUGGCGGCAGGACUCAGUACUCAGACUCCAACAAACUAUCAGCUCACUCAAACAGCUGCUUUGCAACAGCAAGCUGCAGCCGCAGCUGCCGCAUUACAGCAGCAAUAUUCACAACCUCAGCAGACCCUCUAUAGUGUACAACAGCAGUUGCAGCAGCCUCAGCAAACACUUUUAACUCAGCCAGCUGUGGCAUUGCCAACAAGCCUUAGCCUCUCUACACCUCAACCAGCAGCACAGAUAACUGUUUCGUAUCCAGCACCACGGUCAAGUCAGCAGCAGACCCAGCCCCAGAAACAGCGAGUCUUCACUGGGGUGGUUACCAAGCUCCAUGACACUUUUGGUUUUGUGGAUGAAGAUGUGUUCUUCCAACUCAGCGCUGUUAAAGGCAAGACUCCUCAAGUCGGAGACCGUGUUUUGGUAGAAGCCACGUAUAAUCCUAAUAUGCCUUUCAAAUGGAACGCACAGCGAAUUCAAACACUACCAAACCAGAACCAAACUCAGACCCAGCCUUUACUCAAGACUCCUCCACCGGGACUCCAGCCCAUCGCACAGCAGCCUGCGUUCAGUGUCCAGGCACAGCCCCAGCCUCUCUUGCAGGCACAAAUAUCAGCCACUUCUAUAACACCUUUGCUUCAGGCGCAACCCCAGCCAUUAUUACAGCAGCCACAACAGAAAGCUGGUUUGCUACAGCCUCCUGUUCGAAUAGUUUCACAGCCUCAGCCAGCCCGAAGAUUAGAUCCACCACCUAGAUUUUCAGGCCGGAAUGACAGAGGAGACCCCAUGGCUAACAGAAAAGAUGACAGAAGUCGUGAGAGGGAGCGUGAGAGGCGGAGGUCGCGAGAAAGAUCACCCCAGAGAAAACGUUCCCGAGAGAGAUCCCCUCGAAGAGAGAGAGAAAGAUCCCCUCGAAGACCCCGGCGUGUUGUGCCUCGCUAUACAGUGCAGUUUUCCAAGUUCUCAUUAGAUUGCCUUAGUUGUGAUAUGAUGGAACUGAGGCGACGAUACCAGAACUUAUAUAUUCCAAGUGACUUCUUUGAUGCCCAGUUUACUUGGGUAGAUGCCUUUCCUAUGCCAAGACCAUUUCAGCUGGGAAACUACUGCAAUUUCUAUGUAAUGCAAAGGGAAGUCGACCCCCUGGAUAAGAACACCGCUGUUCUGGACCCAGCAGAUGCUGAUCAUCUUUACAGUGCAAAGGUGAUGCUCAUGGCUAGUCCAAGCAUGGAAGAUCUUUAUCACAAAUCAUGUGCCCUUGCUGAAGAUUCACAAGAAGUCCGGGAUGGUUUUCAACACCCCGCUAGACUUAUAAAGUUUUUAGUGGGUAUGAAGGGGAAAGAUGAAGCCAUGGCUAUUGGUGGACAUUGGUCACCUUCAUUGGAUGGACCUGACCCAGAGAAAGACCCAUCUGUGCUGAUUAAAACUGCUAUCCGGUGUUGCAGGGCCCUAACAGGAAUUGAUUUAAGUGUUUGCACACAAUGGUACCGUUUUGCAGAGAUUCGCUACCAUCGCCCUGAGGAGACCCACAAGGGGCGUACGGUUCCAGCUCAUGUGGAGACAGUGGUUUUAUUUUUCCCGGAUGUUUGGCAUUGCCUUCCCACCCGCUCAGAGUGGGAAACCCUCUCCCGAGGAUACAAGCAGCAGCUGGUCGAGAAGCUUCAGGGUGAACGCAAGGAGGCUGAUGGAGAACAGGAUGAAGAGGAAAAAGAUGAUGGGGAAGCUAAAGAAAUAUCUACUCCUACUCAUUGGUCCAAACUUGAUCCUAAAGCAAUGAAGGUGAAUGACCUACGCAAGGAAUUAGAAAGUCGGACUCUUAGCUCGAAGGGUCUGAAAUCCCAGCUAAUAGCCCGGCUAACAAAACAACUAAAAGUGGAGGAGCAAAAAGAGGAACAGAAAGAAUUGGAGAAAUCUGAAAAGGAGGAUGAGGAAGAAGAAGAAAGGAAGUCUGAAGAUGACAAAGAGGAAGAAGAGAGAAAACGGUUAGAAGAAGUGGAACGUCAGCGUCGAGAGAGAAGAUACGUUUUGCCUGAUGAACCUGCAAUCAUUGUGCAUCCUAAUUGGGCAGCCAAAAGUGGGAAGUUUGACUGCAGUAUUAUGUCCCUUAGUGUUCUUCUGGAUUACAGACUGGAAGAUAACAAAGAACAUUCUUUUGAGGUUUCAUUGUUUGCAGAACUUUUCAAUGACAAGAGCAAUACUCAUGAAUUUGUAAACUUAGUGAAAGAACUGGCCUUACCUGGUGAAUUAACACAAAGUAGAAGCUAUGACUUUGAAUUUAUGCAAGUUGAGAAACCAUAUGAAUCCUACAUUGGUGCCAAUGUUAGAUUGAGGUAUUUCCUUAAAGUGACAAUAGUAAGAAGAUUGUCAGACUUGAUUAAAGAAUACGAUCUUAUUGUUCACCAGCUUGCAACUUACCCAGAUGUUAACAACUCUAUUAAAAUGGAAGUUGGCAUUGAAGAUUGUCUGCAUAUAGAAUUUGAAUAUAACAAAUCCAAGUAUCACUUAAAGGAUGUAAUUGUUGGAAAAAUCUACUUCCUCUUAGUAAGAAUAAAAAUUCAACAUAUGGAAUUACAGCUGAUAAAAAAAGAAAUAACUGGAAUUGGACCCAGUACAACAACAGAAACGGAGACCAUUGCAAAAUAUGAAAUAAUGGAUGGUGCACCAGUUAAAGGUGAAUCUAUUCCCAUAAGACUAUUCUUGGCUGGCUAUGAUCCUACUCCCACAAUGAGAGAUGUAAACAAAAAAUUUUCAGUAAGAUACUUCUUGAACCUAGUCCUAGUAGACGAAGAAGACAGACGGUACUUCAAACAGCAGGAAAUUAUUCUCUGGAGAAAAGCUCCUGAAAAACUGAGGAAACAAAGAACCAACUUCCAUCAGCGGUUUGAAAGUCCAGAGCCACAGGCAUCUGCAGAACAGCCUGAAAUGUGAACUGGAUCUACGGGAUGAAAAAUGUCUGUAGAUCAGCAGAUUAAAGGUGGCAACAGCCUGUAGGAAAGAAAGGCCAAACUCCCAUUACAACCGUCUUCCUCAUCUUACAGUGCUGCAUUUCCCACACUACUAAAACAUUCUUCAAGUAAAUAUUCAGUUCUGUACAUACAUUUAAAGUAAGUGCUUUCUGAAACACUGGAACUUUCUUAAGCUAUUUUAUACUGCACAUUUUACUUUUGUCUGGUGUGAUGCAGUCAGAGAUGCAUAAAGCUUAAAGAAGUCUAGUUAUGUGUUUCCAUGCAUGUAGUAUGGUGCAUCUAAGUUUUGCUUUCAUUGAUGGUAAACUAAAGCAUUUCCUCUUUCUAUAUCCGACUGCAUAUCAUACAUAUUUCCUCAUCUGCUGUCUGUAACAUUGGAGACUUAAUAAAAAAUUGUCUUAAAAUGAUAAAUUCAGGUUUUAUAAUGAUACUGUUGUCUUUACCCCAGGGAAGUAGAUGUAUUUGGAAUAGAUCUGAGAGCAUAUUACUGUUUUCAGAUUUUUUUGUGAGGAAUGUGUAUAAACAAGGUUCUUUUGGAAUCAGUUUUUCAAGACAAGUGGCUGCACACUCUUGUCUUCCCCUUAGCGUACUCAUUCCAAUGACUAUGAUCAUAUUCCAAUUCACUUCAAGAUUUGUAUGACCUGGGAUAAAAUACAGUAUUCUCUCAUUAAACCCCAGUUUGUUUAAGGGUGUGUGUAUAUGAUAAAAUGUUUUAAGAUAAUUUUUACUAAUUACACUCUUGAAUACUGGAUCAUUUGCACAAAAUUUUAUUUCUCAUCAAAUACAUAUUUUUCACUGUUCUCCUCAAAAAUAGAAUAUCUUAUUCCUUUUCCAUGCUGAGCUUCUGUGAGGAAAUGUGGGCUUGUACAAAAAUAUAUAGAUGAAAAACACCUGGAUUUCCGAAGAUGGCAUUCUUCUGCAGCAAAAUAUUGGUUUAUUUUUAUAAUUCUUUCUGGAAUGUAGUAUUUUCAGGCAAAUCUUGUUAGCCUCAAUUUGUCCACAAUUAACAUAUAGUUUUUAGAACCACACUGCCUGUUUAGCACACUAUGAGGACCUGUUGAAUAGAAGGCUACUCACAUUUACAAUUCACUUGGCCUAUUUGUCAAAACGUUUCUAAAGUGCAAGUAUUGUUGGUUAUCUUACUGUAUGAAGUAAGCAAAAUUGCUAAAUUAUAUUUAGGGAAGAAUUGUUUUAUUACUGUGGCACUUUGAUAAAGCCAAGAAUACUUUGCGUGCUGGGAUAUUUCUCUUCUUCUUAAAACCUGUGAUAGAGACAACUUGAUUCCCUCAUGUAAGUGCCUGUUCAGAAUUUCAAAAGAAAAAAAGCCAAAUAUUUUCAUGGACACUUGCAUGUUGCAAUCUAGAAACUAUUCCAAGAAAUUUUGAAAAUUGAUUGUAUGUAACCAGCCUCAAAUUGUGCAACUAUGUAUAAUAGACAUAAUAAAUUGCUAUUUGAAUUAUUAAAAAUAACUGUAUUCUCACUAAAA